CUUUCUUGUUCGCACUCCCUCCAAGUCGCCAAGGUUCAAUGUUCCCUGACGCCGUUCUUUAAUCUCAAUUAACCCACCCCCUUUCCCAUUUCUCUCAUUAAGUUAGUGACCUGGCCUCCCUUUUCCCCCUCUCACAUCUUCAUUGUCGUCGCCUUUCUUUGCCCGGAAGCAAUUCUGCUAAGUCACUCAUUGUAAACCGGUGAACUUUUUCACCAAGUCGCUCCUUAACAAACAUUCAAUUCAGAUCAGGCGUUGAGCACCCUCCAUUGUUUGCGCCGCUCGAUUCUGUUUCUGUGUGUUUGCUUGCCACGUUCGUUAGAUAGCUAUUGUUACUUCCUGGUCCGAUUCUCGACAAGAAAGCCUGCAUUCCAGCAAACAAUUCAACGACCUAAGACAAUUUAAUCUGGUCAAGAAGACGCGAGACAGAUAGCCAAAAUCCAUUAUCCUUGAGAUAACCUCACACUCGGGAUUACCAGCAAACAUAAUUAUCAAGGUCUCCCUGUCGCGACAUCGAAAUCAUGAAGUAUUCGUCCGCGAUUAUUCUGGCCGCCGUCACGGUGGCCAAUGCCGACUGCAGUGCCUUUGAGGAGUUUGGAAACUUCUUCUGCAAGAACGCGGUUAAGCAAAUCAAGUACAAUGGCCUCGACCUCGCCGGCAAGUACCGUGCCGUCGCCUCGAUGGAUAACUCUGGUACCUGCACGUUCGAGGACAAGGACUACUCUGGUCCCAUUGCCCCCUUUGACGAGGAUUUGACUCUCCACUUCCGAGGUCCUCUCAAGCUGGAGACCCUCGCCGUCUACACCCCGUCGUCCAGCAGCAGCAAGCGUGACGUCCCUAAGCCUCACUCCAAGCGCCACGGCCAUCAGCACCUCCACAAGAAGUACCACGAGCACGAAGCUGAGAAGCGCGCUGACAUGGUCUCGGCUUACAUUGACGGAAAGCUUGUGUCCUGGGAGAACAACUAUUUCGGUCCUAGCACCACUCCUGCUCCCGCAGCUACAGCCGCCGUCGCUUCUGCCUACAACGCGGUUACCAGUGCUGCUGAGUCCAUCAAGAGCAAGGUCUCGUCUGCCGUCAGUAGCAGCUCCUCCGUCCCCGCCGGCGAUUACGAGCGUGUCGCGUACUACAACGCCAAGGACCAGACCGCCGAUGGUCUCGUUUUCCUCGCCAACUUAGGUGACCCGUCGCUUUCUGGUACCUGGGACACUGUUUGGGGUUCCAGUUUGGCUUACUCUAACGAGGACGGCACCAAGGCUGCUGCCUCCCCCACUGUCCUAAAGGAUGCUACCAUUUCUGAUGACGUCGAGAUCAUUGUCGCUUCCGACAAGGAGUGCAAGGAUGACUGCGGAACUGUCCGUCCUGGUGCUGUCGCUUACAAGGGUUUUGAGGGUGCUAACAAGGUCUUCCUCCUGAAGUUCUCUAUGCCCCUAAGUGGUGACAGAAGCUUCAACGGUGACAUGCCUGCUGUUUGGGCUCUUAACGGCAAGAUCCCCCGAACUGGUCAAUACAGCAAGUGCAGCUGUUGGUCUGGUGACAACGCGAGCCCUCAGCAGGGUGGCUGUGGUGAGGCCGAUAUCUUCGAGGUCCUUCGCUCAGGUGACACCAAGGCUAAGUCGACCUUCCACUUCGCCGCCGGUAUUGGUGACUCUCACUACUUCGACCGUCCCACCGACGUCAACAGCCCCGUCACCGUUGCUGUUGUCUUCCAAGAGUCGACUUCUUCCACCACGAUCAAGGUCCUCGAUGACAGCUACGACAUUGGCACUAGCCUCACCUCCGACCAGAUCGAGGAUAUUGUCAAGGAUGAAACCGACCUUGACCUCUUCAGCUUGAUGUCUUUCGCUUUGUCGUAAAGAGAUUACUAGCUACGAGGGACGCGGGGUCAUGGGGGGUUACGUUACGGUGGAAGGAAGGUUAGGGUGAAGUUCUUGGUGCGGUGAUAACGAGCAUCAGUAUUCUGGACUUGCGUUGUGAUUUCUCCACGAUGGAUAUAGGAGCAGCUUUGUUUGCGAGGUCUUCCCCCUGCUCUACAUUACUUUUUCCUGCAUACUAAGUCGAUUGAUUUUUCUGCAUAUCACCGCUUCGUACAUUGCGCUAGUGGACGCUCAUCUCUUCGAUUACACUUUUUUGCUUAAGCGUGAAAGUAAUUGCUAUUGUAAAAGAUUUAAUGUUUUAUUGUAAAUCAAUGGAUAUAUACCC